AUGGCUAUGUGGGUGAACAGCUCAAAUACUACCUCGGUUUCCAUUUCAUUACCAUCCAUUGGUGAGGAUUUGGAUAUCGAAGAGGCGCAACUUCAAUGGCUGGUAUCAGCUUAUGCUCUGAGUUCUGGAUGUCUCUUUCCUAUGUUCGGACGCCUUGCAGACCUCUAUGGACGCAAACGAGUAUUCAUAGCUGGCUCAGCAUGGCUCGCCGUCUUUACCCUUGUCUGUGGCUUUGCCCAAAAUGAAAUCACCCUGGACGUGCUACGCGGUAUUCAAGGAAUUGGUGUAGCCGCCGCCUUGCCCGCAUCAAUGGGAAUUCUAGCACAUGCCUUUCCUCCCGGGAAAAUUCGUUCCAUCGCCUUUGCCUCCUUCGCUGCUGGAGCUCCCUUAGGCGCGUUCACUGGUAUGGCUUUAGGUGCCACUCUCACCCAGCUGUCCAACCCAUCCUGGCGAAGUAAUUUCUUCUUGUCAACCGGCUUGACGGUUAUGUACAUGGUUGUUGGACUUUGGGCUAUACCCAAGGACGAACCAUCUACAGAACUAGACAAACGCGUUGACUGGCUCGGCGCGUUCCUGGUAACGGCUGGCCUGGUUCUCAUCAUCUUCGUACUUAGUGACGGAGAAGUGGCUCCCAACAAAUGGGCGACUUCCUACAUCAUCGCACUCCUCGUAGUCGGCGUUAUCAUCCUCGGCCUUUUCUUAUUAUGGCAAUGGUAUCUUGAACGUAUCCAGCUCAACCCGAACGCGCCAUACUCCGCCCUCACCCCGCCGCCCAUCAUGAAGCUCUCCCUGUGGGCCCGCGGGAACGGGAAAUUCGCAGCAAUCAUGGUCAUCGUCAUGUUCACCUUCUGUUCAUUUUUGGGAUGGAACUUCUGGACCCAGCUCUACUAUCAAAGCUACCAAGGCUACACUCCCGUUGGUACUAUGAUCCGGCUGUUCCCCAUGUUCAUCACUGGAAUCAUCUGCAACUUUAUCAUUGCUGUCAUCAUUGCUCGGGUUUCUGUGGUCUGGAUUCUAGCGAGCGGAACAAUUAUUACCGCAUGCGCAGCAAUCUUCUUCGCUGAAAUUGACCCCGAUGCAACAUAUUGGGCCUAUGGUUUCCCUAGCGCCAUUUUCUCUGUCUUUGGGGCUGAUUUCGUAUUUGCUGCCGGGACUAUCUUCGUAGCGAGGAUUGUCGAGCCUCACGAACAGAGCCUCUCCGGUGCUCUAUUUCAGACGAUGUACCAGAUUGGGACAGCACUGGGAGUUACGGUCUCUACUAUCGUUUUCAACCGCGUCGUCGCUCAGGACUCGUUGAAUAUGGGUGUCGUAGUCGACGAAGCAAACAGUAAUGCUCCCCGAGAAGCUCUCCUGAAUGGUUACAAGGCAGCAGAGUGGACUGCAUUCGCUUUUGGAGCCAUCGGUGCCCUUCUGGCCGUUCUUUUCUUCUGGAAUGUCGGAAUCGUCGGCGACAAGACUGCACCGGAGGAGGCUGAGCCCACAUCCACACCUGAGAGCGUUUCUACAGUGGCUGUUGAGCGAGAUGUAGAGAAAGCGAUCCAAGAAAUACCCAGGGCCAUGACGAGUCCUACUCCGUCUGAGAACGUGCAUUAAUAUGUAAAAUACCCGUAAAAAACUAUCACUAACCAUACCCCAUCUAUGUACACUACUACUGACACUUCAACCUAGACAUUAUGUAUUGUAUCCACUAAAAACCGAUGACAUUCUUGGCUUCGUUCAACCAGAUCCCUUGUGAUGAUAAUUCAAAGUGGGACAUACAGCUUUCCUCGGCAAAGCGAUAAGCACGCAUCAUUUCUUCCACUCCCCACGGGGGUACGUCGCUCGCUUGGCAAGUAUCUUGUUUGAUACCUCCUACGAGUCACAUUUAUCUCUCCACGUCGUCCAAGUACAUCUUUCUCAUCC